AUGGAUCCGAAUGAGGAAGUUAGCCUUGAAGAGCGUUUGAAAUCCGCUCUUUGGCUCUCCAUUGGCAAAAUUGUUGACGAGGAAACCAUCAAGCUCGGCGUCAAUGCUACUCCUCAGUUCAUUGGAGCUUUGACAGAGAUGGUAUGGACUCAAAUUGAAACCGUUAGUCAAGAUCUGGAGUUCUUUGCCAAACUGACAAGGUGCCUCCGACGCAGACAUGCCGGCCGCUCUACGAUCAAUGUCUCUGAUGUGAUGCUGCUUGCGCGCCGCAACGAAGGGUUAGAAUCUAUUCUUCGAGCUUUUGUCGAUCAGCAGCGAGAAGAGGAAUCCUGA